GCUUCCGAGUCUAUUCAUUCGUUUUCCCUCGCUUCGUUCCCAUUUUUGGUUCGCUCCAAACACUCCUUCCGUCACCAUGUCCGAUCAUGGCUCCGAUCUUCCCGCUGCCGCUGCUGCUCUUAGUGCUGAGGAUCGUGCUGGUCUCGUCAAUGCACUGAAGGACAAGCUCCAGCUACUGGCUGGCCAGCAUGUGGACAUUCUGGAGACAUUGUCACCCAAAGUCAGGCAACGCGUGGAAACUCUCCAAGAUCUGCAGAGACAACAUGAUGAGGUGGAGGCUAAGUUUUUAGAGGAGCGAUCAGAGUUGGAGGCUAAAUACCAGAAACUCUAUGAACCACUUUACACAAAAAGGUAUGAGAUUGUUAAUGGCGUGUUAGAGGUUGAAGGAGUUACAAAUGAAGCAGUGCCAGAAGAAACAAACAAAGAUGCUGAAGAGAAAGGAGUGCCUAACUUCUGGCUAACUGCAAUGAAGGCUAAUGAAAUACUAGCUGAAGAGAUCACUGAGCGUGAUGAAGGGGCCCUCAAAUAUCUUAAAGAUAUCAAAUGGUGUAGAAUUGACGAUCCUAAGGGUUUCAAGCUGGAGUUUCAUUUUGGUUCUAAUCCUUAUUUCAAAAAUUCUGUGCUAACAAAAAUAUAUCACAUGAUUGAUGAUGAUGACCCCAUAUUAGAGAAAGCAAUAGGGACGGAGAUUGAGUGGCAUCCAGGAAAGUGCUUGACACAAAAGAUUCUUAAGAAGAAGCCAAGGAAAGGGUCAAAGAAUGCUAAGCCCAUCACAAAAACAGAAAAAUGUGAAAGUUUCUUCAACUUUUUCAAUCCUCCCCAGGUCCCUGAGGAUGAUGAUGAUGAUAUUGAUGAUGAUGCUGUUGAAGAGCUACAGAAUUUGAUGGAACAUGAUUAUGACAUUGGUUCUACAAUCCGGGACAAAAUUAUUCCUCAUGCUGUGUCAUGGUUCACGGGGGAGGCUGUAGAGAGUGAUUUUGAAGAUUCUGAAGAUGAUUAUAAUAAUGAAGAAGAUAAUGGGGAUGAAGAUGAAGAUGAUGAUGAGGAGGAGGAGGAGGAGGAGGAAGAGAAAGAUGAAAGGAAGAAUAAGACUAAGCGUGGUGGCAGAGCCCGACCCGCUAAACAUCAGCAGCAGACGGAGCGCCCUCCUGAAUGCAAGCAGCAGUAGUUUUUGUCUGUAUAUAAACAAGACCUGGAUACAUUUAGUUUCACAGAAGUAACUACUAAUUACUGUAGAGUCUUGGUUAUUUCAGUAACAAUUUGCAAUUUAAAAUUAUUAUUGUGUCUGCUCCUUUUUAUUGGGCCGGGGGUCGUGGUGGUAAUUUUUUAGUCUAUGCUUGGGUUUCUUUAAGUUGCCCUGUGAUAUGGAUUUUAUUUCUAUCGUUUCAGUUUUUCCAAUAGUA